ACUCUCCUGUGCUGCUGAUGCCACUCCGAGCUGCAGAUCUAACGGAGUUAGAGCUCCUCAAAGGUGCUGUUUCAACGCACAGUUUCAGGAUUAUUGAGCUGUCCGUGUUGGAAAUGGCAACAAGAUUCAACGUGUUUCUUGGGCUGUUCGCAGCCAUUCAGAUGAGGCUUACCAUUGAAGAGGUGCUGUCAAAAACUGCAGUGACCCAUGCAGAAUUUGAGGCCAUUCAUGAAAGGCAGAGUGCAGCAAUUGGACUGAAAAUCCAAAAAGAGAAAGAAAAGAGUGGGCUGCCCUCCUCCACACAGCCUAGUCAUGCUUGGGCCAGUCAUAUUCAGGAACAUGGGCAUUAUCAGGAGCAUGGGAGGUCUGGAACUGAACAGCACCAUGAAGUUUUAACUAAUAAAAACCACAUCAACAGAUCCCACACUGAGCAAGACAUCGAUCAUAUCUACUACAUUUCCAAAAUCUACCAGACCACAGAUGUUGCAGGCAAGGACUUAUGGGUGAAUUUGAAACAGAUGGAUGAAGGAAAGGUUCAUGGAGUUCUUUCCAAUACCCACAGGCAAGCUUUGACUGUGAACUUGUCCUUUGAGUUUCCUUAUUAUGGACAUUUACUGAAAGAGAUAACAGUGACUACUGGUGGUUUUCUCUACACAGGAGACAUGAUCCAUAAGAUGCUGACAGCCACUCAGUACAUUGCUCCACUUAUGGCUAACUUCGACCCAAGUAUUUCCCCAAAUUCUACCAUCAUUUACUCUGAUAAUGGCACAGCUCUUAUUGUGCAGUGGGACCAUGUUUACCUCCAGGACGACCCACAUUUGGGCAGUUUCACUUUCCAGGCUUCACUGCACAGUGAUGGCAGGAUCACCUUUGCGUACAAAGAGAUUCCUGUUGAUGUCAGUGAGAUUAGAUCAGAGAAUCACCCAGUGAAAGUUGGCCUUUCUGAUGCAUUUGUGGUGCUUCAUAAGAUUCAUCAGAUUCCAGAUGUCGACAUCCGAAGGAGAACAAUAUAUGAGUACCAUCGAGUUGAGCUGUUGAAAUCCAAAAUUACCAACUCCACUGUGAUUGUGUUGCUGCCUCUUCCGACUUGCCUGCAGUUCUCCAGCUGUGACAGCUGUGGUACAGCUCGCAUUGGCUUCAACUGUAGCUGGUGCAGCCGCCUACGAAGAUGUUCCAGUGGUUUUGACCGCAGUCGUCAAGAUUGGGUUGACAGUGGUUGUUUGGAUGAGAACCAGAGCUGCAAACCACAUGCUGAAAGCACUGGACCUGCAGUCAAUAACACAGCAGCCUCUACAGCCACAGCUCAGCCCAGCAGAGAUAGCAGCAUCAUCAGCACUGUCUCAUCCACAAAUACUCGUCUAACCACAGUCUCUGCUGAGCAAGGGACGAAGAUUGCACUUCCUUUGACUGAAGCUAGAUCCUCUGAGGCAGGGAGGGCAGGUGAGCAAAGUGAAAGGAUGCAGACUGGUCUGCUUAUUAGCGUCCUCCUCAUUGUGCUGUUGAUGGUGGCUGCAGUACUGGCUACAGUCUACAUGUACCACCAUCCUACCUCCAGUGCCAGCCUCUUCUUCAUCGAGAGACGGCCAACACACUGGCCUGUGAUGAAGUUUCGGCGGGGUUCUGGCCACCCAGCCUAUGCUGAAGUGGAGGCUAUGGGACGAGACAAAGAAGGCUUCAUUUUAAUAGAGCCUAAAGACAGCUUCAUUAUAACAGACCGACGAGAGAGCUCAAUUACAACAGACCAAAGAGAUGGCUUCAUUGUGCCUGACCAAAAAGAAAGAUUCCUUGCUGUGGGACAUCGCUGA